AAGGAAGCAUAGACAGACGCUGGACACACAGGGAGAAGUCGGGUGGCCUGGGGGACCCCGGCUGCAGUGAGGGCCAUGUGGCCCGAGGUGGGCGUCUGAGUGGCCGCAGGGGCAGCCCCGGUCCCUGUCCCCCCACCUGCUGCCCGUGGGCCCCUCCAGUCCAGGCCGCAGGCCGGGCCAGGAUGGCUGACUCCUGCAGGAACCUCACCUACGUGCGGGACUCAGUGGGCCCGGCCACGAGCACCCUGAUGUUUGUGGCCGGGGUCGUGGGCAACGGGCUGGCGCUGGGCAUCCUGGGCGCUCGGCGGCGGUCACGCCCAUCCGCCUUCGCGGUGCUGGUCACUGGGUUGGCGGUCACGGACCUGCUGGGCACUUGUUUCCUGAGCCCAGCCGUGUUCGUGGCCUACGCCCGCAACAGCUCACUGCUGGGCCUGGCCCGGGGCCGCCCGGUGCUGUGCGACGCCUUCGCGUUCGCCAUGACCUUCUUCGGCCUGGCCUCCACGCUCAUCCUCUUCGCCAUGGCCGUGGAGCGCUGCCUGGCGCUCAGCCACCCGUAUCUCUACGCCCAGCUGGACGCGCCGCGCUGCGCGCGCCUGGCGCUGCCCGCGGUCUACGCCUUCUGCACCCUCUUCUGCUCCUUGCCCCUGCUGGGCCUGGGCCAGCACCAGCAGUAUUGCCCCGGGAGCUGGUGCUUCAUCCGCCUGCGCUCGGCCGAGCUGGGGGGCUGCGCCUUCUCCCUGGCUUACGCCAGCCUCGUGGCCCUGCUGGUGGCCGCCAUCAUCCUCUGCAACGGCUCCGUCACCCUCAGCCUCUGCCGCAUGUACCGCCAGCAGAGGCGACAGCAGGGCUCGCUGGUCCCGGGCCCCCGGAGGGGCGAGGGGGAGGUUGACCACCUGAUUCUGCUGGCUCUCAUGACGGUCAUCAUGGCUGUGUGUUCCCUGCCUCUCACGAUCCGCGGCUUCACCCAGGCCAUCACCCCUGACACCAGUGAGAUGGGGGAUCUCCUAGCCUUCCGUUUCAACGCCUUCAACCCCAUCCUGGACCCCUGGGUCUUCAUUCUUUUCCGCAAGGCUGUCUUCCAGCGCCUCAAGCUCUGGUUCUGCUGUUGCCUCUGCCCCGGGCCUGCCCGUGGCCACUCGCAAACACCCCUGAGCCAGCCUGCCUCAGAGAGGAAGGACUCAAGGGCCCCUGCCGCUCUCGGGGGGAAGGAGGGGAACUGGGUGCCUUUGUCAGCCUGGGGUGAGGCGCAGGGGGCCCCCCUGCCUGUGGCACAGAGAGCUGGCAGCAGCACCGUGGAAACGACGUCCAAAGUGGGGUCCGCGGCAGCCUGCUCCCUCUGCUGACAUCUCAGGCUGCCCUGUCUUCCGGAAGCAGGACCUGGACUGUCACGGCCAUGGCCAAUGGCUGCAGGUGGACAAGCAGAGAGGUGAAUGCUGGAGCCCUGACCUGCCAGAACCUUGACCUCCCCCCUGACCGCAGGGGACGAUCAGCUGCUAUUUCUCCUCCUCGGGGGUUGCCACAACAGGCUCUGGGACGAGAGGGAGGGCAAGAGGGAACGUUUAUCCUGGAGCACGAGAGGAACAGUUUUCUCAAAAUAACCAGUGGCCUGGCCGGCCUGCUCCGGCCCUCGCGAUGGCCAUCCAUCUCACUGUCUAAAUAUUUAGAAGGCGGAAAAGUUUCUCGCAGCUCCUGUGCACUCAGGUCUGCUGGGGUUGGCGUUCCCCCACCGAUCCUCAUCUGUUCACGGUGUCCCAGCUGCCCCCCCAAAAUCCCCAGGGGAUGGUCCUGCCGUCUCCCAGGCCGCUCCAAGAGCCAGGGCCUUUCUGCCUCCCCUUGCUUCCGACUCCUCAUCAAACUUGGGGAGCCCCGGCCUCCCCAGGAGAGGCAGGAAGAGGGGGAGAUGCUACGUUGCGGUGACAUCGCUGGGCAUGUGUCUAGGAAGGUUGGCGUGGCUUGGCAGUUGUAAGAGGCAGACUGGGGGGAACACUGGUGUGUGUGUGGGGGGCACAAACCCUGCGAACCCCAGGGGUGGUCCAAGAAGCCAAACCUAAGUCCUGUGCCUGUCCCUGAAUAAAUAGCUGCUCCCAACAGAGCCGGACCUCACCUUAUGUAUCCUUGGAGCCCUCACAAAAAUUUCAUUCAUUCAUUCAUUCAUUCAUUCAACAAAUAGUGUGUGCUGACUCUGCCCGGUGCUGGGGACACAGACCAGUCUCUGCCCCACCCUGGACUCUGCUGGGUGAUUUCCAGCCUUCCGCCCCUCCCCCACUUGCCCUCCUUUGCCCUCAGAGAGGCCCAGAAUCAAGGGCGUUCUGGGGUGUUCGCUUUGGGUUGUGGGAGGGCGAAUGAGAAAGCAUCCCCCCCACCCCCGCCAGCCCCAGUUUCUCUUUUUCACUUGCUCCUGGGUUCAAUGAAUAACUCCACACCUGGGGAAGGAUGGCGGGACAUGGCCAGAGAGCCUGCUACAGCAGCUAACGUCCGUGAGCCCUCCUCCGUGGAGGCGAGUCCUCUCCCCACAGCCUGCUCUUACUGCUUAUCUGCAGAGGCCGGAAUCUGGGGGAGCCCAGAGCGGGCAAUCACCAGCCCCAGGUCACAGCCUGCAGGUGGAGCUGGUCCCUCUCUGGAGCCCAGCUCACUCGUUGGGCUGGCGACUGCCUCUCUGUACCCUGGCUUUCUUCUGUGGAGAAGGGCCGUGGUAACCUAGCGCUUAGCUUGCAGGGUUGUGCUGAGAUGUCAUGAUUCGCCCUGGGAAGCCGGUUAGCACAGGGCCUGGGAGUAGAGGCUACAGCAAACGGUACCGUUAUUGCCACCGCAUUGGUUGUUCCUAUUGUUGUCUUGGCUGUCUGGGCAAACGCGGCUUGACGACAAAGCAGUGCUUUGCUCCAUCGUUCUUGGACUUCCCCGCCCCCUGCCCCCCAGUUACUAUGUUUCAAAUGACAUCGAAGAAGAACAAGGGGUGUCUGGGAGAGUUGAAAAAAAAUAGGUCAAGACGACUGCCCAAUGGGUUCGGGGUUUCCCAUUGGGGGGCUAGAUAGUGAUGGUUAUAUAACAUCGUGAAUGUACCAAAUGUCUCUGAAUUGGACAUUUUAAAAUGGUUAAAAUGAUAAAUUUUGUUAUGGGUAUUUUACCACAAUAAAAAACAAAACAAAACAAAAAAAACAUGUGAUACUGAAAAAAAAAAAAUCAAGAGUAUAUAGAAACUUUUAUAGCGGUCUUGACAAAGU